AUGCGUGUAAUCAUCGCGCCUUGCUCAUCUCCCGUGCGACUCUUCGCACCUCGCACGCGACUUGUCGGCCGUUCGCGUCGCCCAAGCGGCGUCGCCGCCUCUUUCUCCUUCGAGGGGCGCGUGACCAGCGAAACGAGCGAGGCGAGGAGCAAACACGCUGGUGCUGGUGGCCACGCAGGGACCUAUCCUCCCAUCGUCAGGUUCACCGAACGGGGUAUCCACGGCGCCGGAGACGAACCGCAUUGCCCUAUCCCGCUCAUCACCGGUCUCGAAUACAAGGCGGCGCCAGACGGUGCAGUGCACUUGCCGCCUCCAGAUAUCCGGGGCCACGACUCCCACCCCUUCGAGUGGGUUGUUGCCGAACGACGCUGCUGCCGAGACUUCGCCGAGCUUCCAAGCGGACAUUUGCACUUGUGGGAGAUCGCCCAACUCUCUUGGGCAGCGCAGGGCAUCACCGCACCAGAGACGGCCCCCGACGAGUUCGGACACGCCGGGGCCUCUCGACGAACCGCACCGAGCGGCGGACGACUCUACCCCCUCACGCUCUACGUAAUUGCAUCUCAAGCCGUUGGCGGGAUCACCCCCGGCCCGUACGAGUACCUACCGGAGAGUCACGCGCUUCUUCCCAUUGGUCCUCAGUGCCCGCCCCAGCAGGGGGAGGUCAACGACGAAGCGUGUGACGACGAAGGGGGAGAUCCCGAGGUUCUCCAAAAGCUUCUCCGCUCCACAGUCCCGCAGGUCGCGCAGCUGAAGCACCAAUCCUGGAUGGACGCCGCUGGUGCCGUCUUCCUCAUCUCCGGCAACCCCUCUUUGACCAAAUCCCACGGCGGCCUGUACGAGAGGUUCGGCGAGGACCUCGUGAAGUUCGAAGCUGGCUGCGCGGCGGAGAACCUGGCGCUCCAGGCCACCGCGCUCGGUCUCGGCGCGACGUUCGUCGGUGCGUUCGAGGCGAGCGAGGUGAAGGACGCGAUCGCUUCGAGAGACGAGGGAGAGGUGCCGCUGCUCAUGAUGGCGGUGGGUGUGCCCAAGGGAUCUCUCCGCGAGCACCACGACGGACUCGGAGGCGCGAUCCCGUCGGACAAGUGA